AUGAGCAUGAAUAUUGGUGGAUUCACACAGGAACUGUUUGACACUUUUGUGGAAUGGUUGGAUUCCCGAUGUACAAUGGAUCUGGUGAUAGUACAAGAGACACAUUGGGGACUGGGGAAGGAAGAAAAACGAUGGAUGCUGCCGAACUGGCUAGUCAUAUCUGCUCCGGAUCCUUCAAACCGCUACAGCGCGAGACUCGCCCCGGAACGAGUCAGUCACGUGGUCUGGAUGCCUGGACGGCUUCUGCAUCUCCGAUACACCUCCAUGCAGGCCACGCUGGACAUUGUGGCUGCAUAUCAGUAUGUCUGGAAAGGUCGUGAUGAUGCUCGGGUCCAGCAGCUUCGACAUGCAUUCUGGACCAAACUGGGCCUCCUGCUGCAAGGCAUACCCUCGAGGAAUGUUCUGGUGAUGGGAGCGGACCUGAACUCCACAUGUAGGCCACUGGCCAGCUUGAAUGGGCGAGGGAUAUUGAAAGCUGCUAGGAGUCCGGAUAUGGAGCUGGAAACUCUGCAGAAGGCCAACCGACUGGCUACUCUGAACACGUGGGGCCGUGCAACGCCCAGCAAGUCCAGGACGUUCGAGAAUGGGCAUAUCCUUGCACAGGCACUCACCCAUGCUGGUCUGUCCGAGGCCCUGACACAUGCAAUUCUCGGGCUGCAUGAACAGUGUCAGUAUGAAGUGCAGCACGAGGAAUUCUCCGGCACAUUCAGUAUGCUAAAAGGCGUCAGACAAGGCUGUUCCCUGGCGCCUCUUUUGUUUGCCGUGUUUAGCUGCUGGUUAUUCGAUCAGAUCGCACUCACGACGGAACCGGAGUGGGCGGCCAAGCUACUGACGCUGUUUGCUGAUGACAGCCAUCUCUCGUUUGAGAUAUCCAGCAUGGCAGAUCUGGAAAGUGCACAGCGAGCGGCAGUGCCGCUCGCAAGUGGAUCCAGCGCCAUCAAUGUCAAGGUAGCCUCUGAGCGGGAGGAGUCGGGAGGAACACAGGUCCCCCCUCCUCAUGAGAACCCUCCACCCGUGCCGGAAGUGGAAAUGAUCCUACACAUGACCAUGGCAGUGGACGAGGGCUCCGACAUGAGGGCCUCCAGCGCUCAGGAGCAGCUGCUGACGGAGGGCCGACCGCCCAAGUGGUCCCGGCCCAACGGGGGGAAGGGAGCUGAUGGAUGGUCGGAAUGGCGAGCUCAAAAGAGACAGUGGGAGAAGUCGUCCCACUCAGGGGACAAUCGGACCCAGACGGCGGCGAACGAUCCGAAGCUUCAGCACCUGGUCACCACCCUGACACGGGCGGUGCUCCGCCACGAAGCGGACCUGUCCUUGUAUCGAGCAGAUACAAGUUAUGUGAUCUUCGUCGAUACGGGUUCACACUCGUGCCUGCAGCAGCUCAAGGAGGCCGGCGAUCGCUGGCAGGAGAUGUUCACCAAAGGGACGGUGGACAGACCCUCAAGCAGGCUCCACACCGACGAGGACAAGCUGGAGUGCUGCAAGCAAGCGGGGUGGCUGAUGGAUGGACGCACAGCUCUGGACCCGGCGUGGCGUUACCACGUUUGGGACCCGGCUCAGAAGUGCGAGGUCCCAGGGCCGACGGAUCCCCGGUCCCAGAGCGAGAUCCUCAGGGAUCUGGAAACCCUGCAAGUUCGUCUGAUGGAAGAUGGGGUCCUGCUACGCUUUCGGGCCACGAAGGACAUGGAUACCCAGGAUGCGCCGGUCAUCCCUUUCAUGGCGGCGAUCAGUCUGCGAACCCAGGGAGCACAGGAGGCCCACUUCAUCCUCUCCCGACUGGUCGGAUGCGCAUGCUGCAAGCUUGCGGGCUUUCGAAUCAAACCGGAACGGGGACAGCGCUCGCAAAUGAGCCGCCAGCUGGAGCAGGCUUACCUGGCGGUGGACUUCUGCGAGUGGGGCAAUCGGGACCAGAAGCUCGGCGCGCAGGGAACCCUGAAUGUGCUAGAAUGUUGUGCUUUUCGAGCAGUGUUUCGCACGUGGCGGGAGCUUCGUAGACAGCAUGACGCAGGUGAAUUUUGGGCGCAGCUUUGUGCAGCGCUACAGCCCUCACAUUUUGCAGGCCAGUGGCAAGCGCGACUUAGUGAGCCUCUUUCUGUUACGGACAAUGGUUCCUUGCACAUGCCGAUUCUUCUUGAUCCCAUCCGUAGCUCGCUGCAGUGCAUGAUUCAAGCAUGGCAGACACAAUAUGCGGUACAUGGCCUAUGCGAGCCCACUCCCAUGGUGUGCCUGCAGAUCUGUAGGUAUAAACCGGAUCAGAGAAAGGAUAAGACAUCGGUGUUGAUUCGGCCAGGUGCGCAGCUUCGCCUGCCUUGCUUUGAUGCUGCAGAAGUCGGCACCGAAGUCCAGACCUACCGGGUGGGGUUUGUGGUUUUUCACUUAGGGGAAACUGUUAGAUCUGGUCACUAUCAGGUUGCCCUUAGCGUACCGCCCACUGCUCCGACCUCUCAGGAUUGGAGUUUUCAAAUGUGUGAUGAUCAUAGAACUCCCAAACCUGCCACGAAGCGUGAUGUACGUACACUGCAGACAAACGCAUACCAGAGAUGCAGGGAGAGCACUCCUGUGAUACGAGUUGAGUGCCUCUCCGGUGUCUCCUCGUCUCUCCGAAGAGACAAGGCGAGGAAGCACGUUCUGCUCUGUCCUCAGUGGCUGCACGUGAUGCCUUGCAAGUUGCCGCUGUGCCUCAGUCAAUCUGUGAAAGGUUGGCUCAACAUGCAGCCCGGGUGCAUAGAAAUAGUCCCAGUGCCAGAUGAUGUGUAUGAGGAUAUGCUUAUGUCGCAUCUGCUGCUCCAGUCAGUCUGCAAUCUGUAUGUGUGGGAGACAGGCAACCCACCGCCAGCUCAACUAGGCCUGCUGGCAUGGAAUGAUUUGCUAUUAUGGGCGCAGCAUCGCCUUGGUGGUGCGUCGGUAGCUGCACUCCAUCAGUAUGCGGACUUAUUGGAUGUACAGUACUGUGGGCGGGCACACUCGGCGCUUCCACACCCGUCCUGGGAAGACUUCAGGAAAUCCAGCAAAGCUGAGCGACUGGCGCAGCACCUGCUUGAAUCCGGGGCCGGGACACUGUGGCAUUCGGCGCGGCUAGUGGCAAGACUCCUGGAACUGGAAUUGCCGCGACAGGCUUACGGGAUACAGCGUCUUUGCCGACAAACGCUCACGCAUGCGAACACUGCGAGAAUCCUCAAUGCUUUGGUACUGCGGGUCUGCCCAUGGCAUAAAUGGAGCACGGUUGCUCUGCUCUAUAAUCUUCAGACGCCGGUACAUCUGGAUGCACAGAAUGGUCCGGAGCCGAGCCUCUUGAUGGCCCUCUCUCUUCAUGAGGGAGGAGAGGUCUGGAUAGAGGAUGAGACCGGCAGUGAAUACCACGAGCAUCUGAAUGGCUGGCUGCGCGGCAGACGGUUCUCAUUGCAAAUGCAAGCAGUCCGAUUUCAGGCCCACAGACGGCCUCAUUUCACAUGUGCUUGGACAGGCAUGGAACGCUUGGUGCUGACAGCCUACACUGUGAAUAAGUGGGAAUCGGUGGCUGCUUCUCACCGAGCUAAGCUGGAGAACCUAGGGUUUGUUCUUCCUGCUGGGCGAGAAAUGCUACCUGUGCCUCCCUCGCUGGAUGGCUUGCCGACUGUUUUGCGUGAAGGCAUAGACCAGUAG